AAUAUCUCUCUGCUCCUAUCGCGACCACGAAGCAGCAGGAAUAGGGAGGAGGGAGGGAGUUCCACCCAGUCGGUGGCCAUGGCACGCCCAGAUCCGCCCUCCUUUGGCCGUCGUCGUCAAUCUCCUCUGCUCCUAGCGCCGGCGGCGCUCACCCCUAACCGGCGACGCCCGGCGGCGGAUUCCCCAAAUCGACCUCCGGCGGCCGUCUUCACCCCAGCGGCCAUCCAUCUCUCUCACGGGUCCACCCUAGCGCCGCCGCCGCGCGACCGCCGACAGCUCAUCCCCUCCGCGCCUUGCGCGCACGGACGCCACCGCCGUCCCCGUUCUACCCCGCCGCGCCGCCCCUGCUGCCUCCGCCCCGGCCGUCGGUGCGGCCGUCGAGAUCCGCCGCCCCUGGCCGGCAUCAGACAGGAUGGACCUCUCCGUCACACUGGCCCUGAGCUCCCCCACGGAGCACGGGGAGCAGUUGAGGCGGCGGCAGCACUCGUUAUCGGAACUGAUUUAUUCAAGAGACGACGACGCGAAACUCGAGACCACGCGUGCACGGCUGUUGGGUGUUCUCAAAAGGCAUGAAGAUCUGAAAGAGCGUCUCUCGCGGCUACAGAUGAGGACAUCUAUGUUUGGCACAACAAGUAGAGAUUGAUGACUCUGGUUGCUUUUGCUGAAGCCGUACCCUUGCUCAGCUGCUAUAACAGAAGAAAAAUGUGUUGCAUGGUCAGCUGUAGAUGUUGAAUGAUGGCAAGGAAAUCCUUCCCCAAGCAUUGUGCUUUAAGCAGCUCAUCAGGGUUAAGGGUUAAUUGGACCCUCAGAAAUUCACCAUGCGAAUUAAUAGGAAGACCCAUAUAGCCGCCACUGUACAAGUUGGUGCAUGGAGAUACACGGAGUGUAGCUUGUGCAUUUGUCCCAUGGCCAGAAAUCGCUUCCAGAGUUGGGACAGAUUUUUGUAGAUGAUGUCGGUCCAGCAAACAUACAUAUCCGAAGUUGUUUAUCUAACGACCAAAACAGUUCUUUAGCUAUGUGAAUUGUUUUUUUUCCCACCUGAUAAUCCAUAAUUAUGAGUUUGCCUA